CAAAAUUCAGUCUGUGCGAAACGAUCAAACCAAAUGUUUGCAAUGGGUGAUAUAGACUGAGUUUAAGUUUAAUCUUCAACUGAAAGAUUAGACACAAGAUAUGAAGAAUCUGUUGCCAAUAUGUCUUCUCCUAUCCGUACACACUUCCAAGGCCGUCCUAAAUUGUUGUUCGGGAGAAAACAUUAUAUCCAAAGAUGACCAUCUAUGUCUAAAAAACAAGAAACCAAUUAUUGAUUUAAAGUGCGACAGUGGAAUUUUACUUCCAGUGUACGAUAACAUCAACGACAGUGGAAUUUUACUUCCAGUGUACGAUAGCAUCAACGACCAUGGCUUCUCAAUGUUACCAAAUGGGUCUAUGUAUAUCAGCGACACAGGAACCGAACUAAGCUACUGUCAAACGGAGGAGCGCGAGGUUUUAGAAAAUGGAGGGAUAUCUUUAUCUAAGCUUUAUCUAGUUUGUUAUAUAAAUGAUGGAAAUUUAUUCGCUGAAGAAAACAGAACCAUAAUUGAUCCUAUUCUUCUAUACAUCUCCCUUAUAUUUGUGAUAUUAACCAUAAUUGUAUACGCCAUAGUGCCAAAACUACUUGACUUGCAGGGAAUAUGUAUAGUACACGCUUUGGUGGGAAUGGCAGUAGGGUAUAGUUUUCUAGGCACUAUGCAACUAAUAUCACUUGAAAAUGUAUCUUGUCAUAUGUUCGCAUUUGUUACAUAUUUUGCUUUUGAAUAUAUGUUCUUCUGGCUGACGACUUUAUCAUUUCAUACAUGGAGAAUUACAGUAAAUCCGAGUUUUUCUCAAAGAACAACGAAAUGGGGCCUGAUAUAUCAUGUAUUCGCCAUUAGUGGGCCACUUGUUUUAUCGGUGAUACUAUUAUUAGCCCAUUUCUCGGACUGGUCCAUAUGGGAUGAUAUCAAACCAAAUAUUGGCAUCAUGUCAUGCUGGUUCGAAUCAAUACGAGAAACUAUGUUCUACUUCUAUGGUCCUAUUUCAUUACUACUUAUCUGUAACGUUAUAUUCUACGUUUGGACAGUUGUGGUGCUAUGGACUAGAAUCCAAAACACUCAAAACAAAAUUCUAAAAUACAGAUUAAAGAUAUGUAUUCGACUGAGCAUUAUCAUGGGAAUUACGUGGAUAUUUGAACUUAUCACAGCAACACUAAAGGACAGAGUAUCAAUAACAGGAAAGAUUUUCUUUUUCUUUUUGGACUUAUUUAACAUCCUUCAAGGCAUCUUAAUUUUCUUGGUCUUAGUGGUAUUCAGAAAACGAGUCAGAAGAGCCUUAGCUAGCAAAAACCCAUGUAACAUCAAAUUUCCCAGUUCGUGGAAAUAUCUAGAAGAUGAGGAAAUAUGCAGUGACGAAGAACGGACAAACAAAGCCAUCGUCGAAUAUACAAAUGGAGCAAUCGAAAUAUCCAAAUAAAAUAUAUAUUUUUAAGUUGUAUUUUAAAACAUCUUCUGCCAUCUUAGAAUAAAAUUAUAGAAAUCAAGAUGACAGAGAAUACCUCAUUUAAAACGGCCACAAGAUAUACAUGAGAACUCUGUUUUUCCGAAUACUACACUAUAUACCCUAUUGGUAACAGCGAGUGGAGAAGUCCCCAGGGAGUUCGCCAAAUAAGAAUCAGCGUUUACUCCAAAUAAACGCAUCUCUCCACAAGCAACUUUUUUUUAUGAAAAAACUCACCAACAAACUUAAUUAGCAACAUAUUAGCUGAUAAUGUGUAGGGCAA